AUGUUGCGGAUUGCCAGUGCCAGCCGCCGCAGUCCUGCGGCCCUCGUCAUGGCCAAAAGAGCCGCCAGCGUCAGUGUCGGUGAAGGGAAGCGGGUGACGCCGCCGCCGCCUCCCCCCGUCUACAAGGGCGACGCCCCCGCCCCGUUACCGAAAAAGGUAUCGCCGCCGCCUCCCCCCAGAACCGAGGCCAAACCUAAGAAGUUCUCCCUCUGGGGGUUCUUGUUUAAGACGGCAUUGUUGGCCGGGGGUGCCUACGGCCUCACCCUCUACGCCGCCACCAAAAACGAUAAGGUGAUGGACUUUGUCAUCGACAACGACUUGCCCUACCACGACCAAUUGAUCGAUUUCAUCGAGACUACGAGUGCCGACGACCUCAAACAGUACGCCGAAGAGCUUAAGGACAGCUUGGCCAACUUCAAGUUGCCGCUGUCGCUGGAUGUCGCCGAUAUCCGCGAUAAGCUCCAACAAAAGUCGCUGGAAUUGGCCCAUAAGCUGGGAGAAAUUGCUCACAAAGCUAAGCAAAAGAUCGACCUGGCCACCCACCACCGUACUCCUGCCGAACAAUUGCAGAACGUCGAAGUGGAAGCGGUUACUCGCGACGUCAAACGGUUACCGUUGGUGGACCAGCUGCUGGUGCUGGACCCUCAGGUGCGGCUGAUGGUGGCGGCCCUUAACCAGCUUAUCGGCCUGAUCGACGCCACUACCGUCGACCCCAAAUUGGUUAAGGUGAUCGGCGACCAAGUGAAACAGCUCCUGACGAAAUUGCUGCUGUUGACCGGCGACUUUGACCACUCGGUCCAGGAUAAGCUCAAGCUCUUGCAAACUGAGUUAUUGCUGCAAGCCACCAAGAAGGAACUCGACCUCACCGAGACGUUAUUGCUGCAGUACAACCUUGAAAAGGGUCAACUUGAAAAGAAGUUGAACCAACAAUUGCAGCGUGAAGUGGAAGCCACUAAGCAAACCAUCGAGCAGGCCGCCGUCAACGCCGUCACCAUGGUCCGCAUCAACCAGACUAAGGAGUUCGAACAAUUGGUCACUGAAAAGAUCGACUCUGAGCGCGACGGCCGUCUCGCCAACCUCGAAAAGCUUAAUCUGCGUCUUGGCGACCUCGAAAAGUUCGCCGAGGGUUUGGAGAAGCAAGUGGUGGCUAACCAAAAGCGACAACAGCUCCACCGCACCGUCGUCGAGCUUAAGACGUUGUUGUUUGACUACCCCGAAACUUUACCCCCUAAGUUGUUGCGCCCCGUGGUCAACGAACUCAUUGCCCUUUCCAACGAGGCCAACGACCCCUUAUUGGAAGAAGCGUUGCGCAACUUGGGCCCGUUGAUCGCCACCGAGUCGACCCACUCGUUGUUGAACAACGCCCAGUUGUUGGCCCGCUUCGACCAGUUGGCGCCUGAGUUGAGACUGGCGUCGUUGUUGCCUCCCAACGCCGGCUUGUUGGGCCACUUGGCGUCGCAGGUGUUCUCGAAGUUGUUGCUCCCCGUCAAGGGUACUAACCCCAACGGCAACGACAUCGAGCUGGUAAUUGGGCGCGUCGAGGACGCGUUGACGCACAACCGCUUGGACGACGCCGUCGAAGAAGUGGCCCACUUGAAGGGGUGGCCGCGCAAGUUGGCCGACGACUGGCUCCAGUCGGGGCGCCAACGCUUGGAGGUGGAGUUCCUCGUCGACUUGAUCGACGCCGAAUCUCGGGUUAUUUAG